CGGAAGCGUGUGCGGUGCGCCUGAAUUGAGGCCAGCAUCAGGGAAGGGUGUCCCAGGUGCAGGCGAAGCUUCCUUCAGGUGUUCCUGGAGGACUUUCGGCUCGCAAGCGCUUCUCCAUUCUCCCGACGUCUCGGGCCUGAUUGGCAUCCUACUAAUUUGACCCUUAGUGAUAAGACUUGUCAGAGAUCCAGGAUUCUGAAAGUUGAUGAUAAAUGUCCGUCUGUAUCACCAUCAAUGCCUGAAAAUCAGUCAGCAACCAAAGAAUUGGGACAGAUGAACUUAACAGAACAAGAAAAGAUGAACAUUGGAGUUGUACCUUUCUCAGGGAAAGAUACUCUCCAUGACCUGUGCCAAUCACAGCUACCAGAAAACAAAGAGAGCAAAGAAGCUGUUCUAAGUAGUUUAGCUGAACGUUUGGAUUUCACAGCAGAACAAGACUUGGAGCUGACAUCAGAGGAAGAGCAAGAAAGACUAAAAGGAUUUGAAAAUAAGCAGCCACAGAAAAUGUCUCAAGAACAAGAAAUGGCUAAGGAUUGUGAUAGAGAGGAUAUACUUGUAUAUUGAAUACUUCCUCGUGUGCAAAAGUCUGAGGAAAUGUGGAUUGCACAAGGCAAAUUAGAGUGGAAAAACAAAUUAAAACUCAUUCCCUUUAAUUUGACAAAUAACAUACCUGGUUGUGAGGCAGAAGAUGCAUCUGAAGUAUCUGACUCUGUGGUAUUCAAGACAUUUCCUGAACAAAAAGAACCCAGUCUCAAAAAUAUCAUCCAUCCAUACUGUCAUCCAUACUCUGGGUCCCUGGAACAUGCUUGCCAGUCAUCUUCUAAGCUUCAUUUACAUGAAAAUAACUUAGACUGUGACAGUGAUAACAAACCAGGCAUUGAACAUAUUUUUAGUACGGAUGAGAACUUUCGUAAUGAUGCAGGCAUUAAGAAAGCAAGGAACCCAGAAGCAGUUGAAAUGAAAGAAGGCCAAGAGUUUGAUUUGCAAAUGACAAAAAAUAUGAACCAAAAUAGUGACAGUUGCAGUACAAAUAACUAUAAAAGCCUGAAACCUAAAUUAGAAAAUCUGAGUUCUUUACCACCAGAUUCUGACAGAAAAUCAGAAGUAUAUCUACAUGAAGAAAUACAGCAAGACAUGCAAAAGCUUAAGAAGGAAGUCGACAGGUUAGAAGAGUUCCUGGCUUUGAAGAAAGAGAAUGUUCAACUUCUGAAAGAGAAAGCAGCCCUGGAGAAGAGCUUGGAAGACACGAAGAAUCACUACUGUUGGCAGCUGCAGAUGAUCCAGGAGCAGAUCAGUAACUUGGAGGCCCAGAUCACUGAGGUCCGGCAAGAGAUCGAGUGCCAGAAUCAGGAAUACAGCCUUCUGCUCAGCAUUAAGAUGCAGCUGGAGCAGGAAAUCGAGACCUACUGCAACCUCCUUGAGGGAGGCCAGGAAGACUUGCAAGCCCCACCAGGCCUGCUGGGUGAGGGUCAGGAGCGCGAGGUAGCUGAGGAUGGCACUGGCCUUCGCUGCUGGGUCUCCUGGCCUGUUCCUCUCUUCCCGAAUGUUGUUUGGAUGUGCUGUCGCCUCUCUGGUUUUACAUUAAAUCAGUGAGAACUCUUGGAUUCCCUCUUUGAAAUGAAAUGGUGCCAGGCUUGGUUCCGACCCCUUCCCCUGGUGGCAACCUGAGCCUGUCACCACGACCACAAGAUGACAGCCUGUGAUGACAGGGCACCCUCAACCCAUAGUGGCCCUGGGCCAGAGCCAGGACUUUCCUCCCAAAAGCCAAGGCAGAGGCUUCACCCCUCUAGGAGAGGAAGGCCGACACCAAGGGCUUUGAGGGUGGGACUGUGCUCUGUUCACUGUCAUUGCUGUGGCAGUGCUAAUUUUUCACAUACAAGGUGUCGUUAGUCACACACAAAAAAGCUAACUGAUCACAGAAUUCUAAACAGCACAAUUCUGUCUGCAGCCUUGAAAAGCCUGGGACGUUUAGAGGUCUAGGAAAAUAUCCAAAGAUAGCAAAAAUAUGUGUUGGUUCUGAUUUUUUGUUUGAAGACACUUGUUGCUACAGAGGAGAUGGAAAGCAGAUUUAGCUGUAAAAUUUAUCAAUGUUCCAAAGCAAAGAGAAUAAAUUGGAAAUUGCCUGCAUCCCGACAACACCAGCUGGAAGAAUCCGACCUGUUAUUCUGUUAGAUGUUAGAGACACUUGGGAGCAGGACCUGGGAGGGGCCGUGGCUGGGGGCACUGCCCAGGGCCAGCUGGGGUGGCAGGCUGUGCAGGUUGCACACAUUAGAUAGGCCCUGGCCUCUGGUCCACCCUCUGCUCUAAGCACCAUCUGGCACAGAGUGAGGGGCUCUACAAGCAUCCACUAGAGGUUUUAUUAUUAUUAUUCCGAGAUGAGGUUUCACUCCUGUUGCCCAGGCUGGAGUGCAAUGGCACGAUCUCGGCUCACCACAUCCUCCACCUCCUGGGUUCAAGUGAUUCUCCUGCCUCAGCCUGCUGAGUAGCUGGGAUUACAGGCAUGUGCCACCAUGCCCAGCUAAUUUUUGUAAUUUUAGUAGAGACGAGGUUUCACCAUGUUGGAUGGGCUGGUCUCAAACUCCUGACCUCAGGUAAUCUGCAGCCUUGGCCUCCCAAAGUGCUUCCCCAGGGAUCUUCUGACCUAGCAAUCCAACUAUGACGGGCAGGUACCUGGGCCAGUGAAAGCUGAGUAACGUUAGCUGCAGCUCAUCUGUGGAAUGGAGACGGGUGUGGCUGUGCAAAGGCCUCGCCAGGCAGUGUCUCCCAUCCUGCCUAAGAAGAGGUGUGAGGCAGAGACAGCAGGUGCCCAGGGUCCUCCGAGCUGGUGGAUCCCUGCCCUGCACUUACUAGUCCAUUGCCUCUGAGCACGCUGCAGCUCCUGUACAACAGGGGCAGCUGCAUCUCAAAGUUGCUGGGAGGAGACAGUGAGGAGGUUCCCCCAAAAUGUUCUGGGCCCAGACCCCAAGACAGAGUGGGCUGCUGUACCCUGAGUUGAUGGGCACACAUAGCUGACAGAGCCUUCCACUCAGCCAGCUUGCGUCCUUGUCUUCCCCUUCCCAGGAAGUCCUCCUAAGUCUAUGCAAUGCCAUUCAGACAAUAGUUUGGGUCUGACGAGCUGCUGUCUGUGCUGGGCUGUUUAACCUGCCAUUUCCAGCUUCCUGACAAUAAAGAGAAAUCAGGCAGCUAUAAGAA